AGAAAAAGAAAAUCCCUUUCUCCUCAGAACUCCAUUGGAGGCUGUCUUGUAGCUUUCAAAUCUCCGAGGGGUUCUCUCUGCUGUGGCCUCGAUGCCAUUCCCAUCCCAGUAGCUCUCUCGGUACUGGGACGAUGCCGACCUCAGUUUCUUCUGCGAUUCCGAAGCCCUCCUCCGAGCUCGUCAGCCGAUUGACUGCCGCCGACGCCGCCGUGAAGCUGAAGGCAUUGAGAGACAUCAAGAAUCAGAUCAUCGGUAACCGCACCAAGAAGUUGUCCUUCAUCAAGCUCGGCGUUGUCCCUCACGUUGCUGCAAUUCUCUCCUCCACUUCCGACCCCAACAUUCUCGUCCAGUCCGCUGCUGUUCUUGGCAGCUUUGCCUGCGGCGUCGACGCCGGUGUCUCCGCCGUUCUCGAUGCCGGAGCCCUCCCUCGUCUGCUUCGAUUGCUUGCUGAUCCCGAUCCCAAGGUUGUGGACGCAGGAGCUCGUUCAUUAAGAAUGGUUUAUCAAUCAAAGUUGGCUCCCAAGUAUGAUUUCCUUCAGCAGGAAAACACUAAAUUUCUUCUUUCAUUAUUGAAUAGUCAAAAUGAAAAUGUGACUGGACUUGGGGCAAGCAUCAUUAUUCAUUCCUGUGACACAAUUGCGGAGCAGAAGGCAUUGUGUAAUGGUGGAGUUCUAGAGAAGCUGAUUGAUCUUCUUGAUGGUUCUCUAAGUCAAAGGGAUGCUAGUUUAGAGUCUAUUGCCACAAUAUUUAAAAAUAAUGUCGAAGCCAUAGCAAAGUUCAUGCAGCCUGGUAGAGAAGACUGUUUGAGUUAUAUAAUUGAAUUGAUGAAGGAUAGAAAUCCCAAGACAAGAUUGCUAGCUUGCGUCUGCUUGAUUGUUAUAAGGAAUUCAUCACCUCGUUAUCUGCAAGAUAUAGGAAUCAAAAUGAAAUUGAUACAUAGUUUGCUUGAGCUUCUUGAUAAUCCAGGUCAAGUUGGAGAUGAAGCUUCCUUCGUUUUUUCGACUUUAAUUGCUGAGAAGGAGGAGCUACAGAAACUAACUUUUGAGGCAAAUGCAAUUGAUAAGUUGUACAAUCACUUGCAAAAGGAUCAGUUGAGUCCUAGACGUUUCCAAGGAAUAUUGUUGGCCUUUUCUCAUCUAUGCUCAAAGUUGGAGAGCUGUAGGUCUAGAUUUCUCUCUUUGCAGGUAAUGAACAUAGUGAUUGAUGCCCUACAACAUGAAAGUAGUGACAUACGUAUUGCAGCUUGCACUUGCUUGAGAAGUGUCUCUAGAUCAAUCAAGAAUUUGAGUGCAGGUUACUUUAUGAACGAAACAGUUGUCCUUCCUGUUGUUCGGCUUUUACACAAUCCUUCUAAUGCUGUUCAGGUUGCAGCACUUGGUGCUAUUAGCAACAUAGUUGUCGAAUUUUCAACAAAGAGAUCAAUAUUUAUAGAAUGUGGAGGUGUUAAAGAGUUGGUUCGAUUAUCAAAGUCUAUGGACUUGGACAUAAGGCUAAAUGCAUUGUGGGCUUUAAGGAAUUUAAUGUUCCUUGCAAACAACAUGUAUAAAUCAGGGAUCUUCAUGGAGUUAACAGCUUCCUUGUUAGCCAGCCUUGUCUGUGAUCCAGAGCCUUCCAUACAAGAGCAUGCUAUGGCCCUUGUGCGCAAUCUUAUUGAUGGAUGUGAGGACUCAAUUGAGUACGCGUUUGCUGAAGAUGGUAUCAUAUUGAAUACUAUUUGCCGGCAAUUGCAAAGUAUUUCAAGGGAUGAAAUUGGGGUCCAGGGAAUGUAUGUACUUUGCAAUGUUGCAAGUGGAAAUGAGUUCCAUAAGGAAAGGCUAAUGAAACAACUAUUUCCACAAGGAGAUGACGUGAUCCAGUCAUUUGUGGUGAAGUUUUUGCAGAGUGACAACAGUCAACUUCGAAUAGCUGCUGUCUGGGCAAUAAUAAAUCUUUCUCUGCCUUCAAGUCCACGUGCACUAGAUAGGGUUACAAAGCUACAGAAUGCUGGUAUUGUUUCUCAAGUGAAGAAUAUGGUCAAUGAUCCGUGCCUGGAUGUUAAGCUCCGUGUGAGAACCGUGCUUGGACAACUAAUGGCUUUUGGUGAUGGUAUUACAUUAUAAAAUUUCCAUCAUCAAAACCCAAGAGAAGUAGAGCGCUGCUAGCAGUUUUGUUUUUCAUCCACCUUUUCUGUAGUAUAUUGUUGAGUUUUUCAUCGGCGGCUUUUGAUCCAUCUGGUAUGUUUGAACUUCGGUAGUUUAUUUCUAUUUUUCCCUUCCCAGAUGUCCAAGCGAACUAAAGGUUAUUUAUUAUUUCAUUGAGCAGCUGUGACAGAUAAUGUACUUGUGAAAUAUAUCCAAAAUGUCACACUUUGCUCAUGUUCAAAAGUCGCAGGAAUUUUUUCUCUUAAAAAAAGAAAUUUUUGAGUUCUCGUAUGUUACUUCAUAGGUGAAUCUUUUUGUCUUAUUUUCUAAUUCUUUUUUGUGAAUUGUGAUGGAUAACUUUUACGGUUCUCUCUGUGUCUCUCCAAAGAGAUUUGUGAAACUUGAGCAAUUCUUGAAUGGCUGUGAAAUAUUUUAUGAAUAAAGAAAUGUAACGUGAGCUCUAACCUACCAAGUUUUUGCUUCUUCUGUCAUUGGCCUUUUGCAGGAAAACAUGAAAGCUCCAGUAUAUUCCACGCGCGGCUCUUGAUCUCUAGGUUACUCAUACAAAUCUUUUUUGGAUGCAUACCAGCCACUUUUGGUGGCAAUUUUGAUCUCUCUCUCUCAAAUUCUUCUUUUCCUUCUUUUUGAAAUCAAAUGGCCGUAUGAUUAGUUUGGCUUGAAAGUGGAAUAUAAGACUCGUAAAUAUUGCCUAUCAAAAGUUCCAUUAUUCAUCGGGUUAUCCCAACUGCUGUUCUGUUUCGAGUGUUUAGUAUCUAGGCAACAAAUUGUCGCUUUCAUACAUUGUUCCAGUGGUUACCAAAACCCAGUACCAUGCUUUUUUACGGGAAAUAUAUUCUAAAGCCUUGUUAAGGUAAAACACCGCAAUCCAAAUGAAUGACUGUUUAGCUAACUUGUACCUUUUCAGGGAUAGCUUAUAUUAUUCAAGCAUCCAAGGAGAGUAAUGCAAUUUUAGCUGAUGUCUCCUUUCCUUCGAACAGAUGCAAACUUCCAAGUAAUUGUUGUUAUAACAUGGUCCAGAUACUAUACUUAAUCCCCCCUUGUUUCCAAUUUAAUUUGUGUUGAUUUGGAAUAGUUGGUGAAUAUGAUUUAAGUUCUAGCAAGGCCAUUUAUAUAAACAAAUUGAGAAAAUCAUAUGAAUAAGUCUUUUGAGCUUAAAUUCGUAACUCUUUUGUUAGAACAGAUGUAUAAAUGGGAAAAGCUUGGAGGGUCUGUUGUGGUGUUGAUCCAUAUUUAUUCCACAUAAAUGUGGCUUUUGGGAGAAGAAGCAUCAUUAUUCUAUGAUCCUGGAGAAAGGGAUGCACUUGAGUCAACUGGAUUGCUUGUAUUCCAACUUGUGUUAAUAGUAAUGGUCCAGUUCAUUGUUUUCAACUUUUUGUUUAUCAAUAGUAAAAAUGAAACGUUGUUGAGGCAGCAGAAUUUCAGAUGGUUAAAUUAGAGUAUUGUUGUUGAUUAAUAGAACAUAAGCUGUUAUGAUUCGUCAUAAUUAUGGACAGGCCCCUUCUAUGGUUGAAUCCUCCAAGUGGCUUGUUUGAAGUGCUGGAUAGUUGAUGGAAUAACGCACUGGGCUCUGUUUUACAGUGUACAAAGAUGCAUGUUCGAGGUACAUAGUACAUUUUACAGUUGAAUUGACUUUAAUGAUAUAUUUACACAAAA